CGGUCACGUGAUCAGCUGUGUCCAAUCACAGCUGAUCACAUGGGACAUGUACACUGAUCAUCAGGGCACUGAUGAUCAGUGUGCCCUGAUGAUCAGUGUGGCCCCAGAAGUGCCACCUGAACAGUGGCAGCUGAACAGUGCCACGUGCCCAUCAGUGCCACAAUGCCACAUAUCAGUGCAUACCAGUGCACAUCAAUGCCACAAAUCAGUGCCCAUCUGAGCGGCCCUUCAGUGUCACCCAAUGCAACUCAGUGCCACCUAUCAGUGCCGCCUAUCAGUGCCAGUCAGUGCCGCCUAUCAGUGCCCGUCAGUGAUGCCUGUCAAUGCCCGUCAGUG